AUGCCCUCCCCCCCACCACCGUACUCCCCGGGGCAAAGCCAUUCCAUAUCGCAAGCCGUCACUUCCUCUCCUCACCUAUCAGGCCAUGCAUUCCCGCAUGCGCAGAACCAACCCAUGAGUGCACAUGGGUCCGACUACAACCCCUCCAGACCCGUCUCGAGCUUCACAAGCAGUCGGCCAGGAUCCAUGGUGGUUCCUCAAAGCGCGACGAGUGUCACGUCCAAUCCCCAAUUUCCACCUCCGCCCCCUCGUCCUGGGGAACGAUCAGCGUCUCGUGACAAGUCACACUCAAAAUUCAGCCUAUCUGCGUUUAGGAACAGGAAUUCGGAAGCUAGUGCAGGCCCUAGCAAUAUCGAGUCAUUGCGUGUCAAUACUACAGAAGCCAUUUCCCGUGCUCCGGCAUCUCCAGGAAUCCCGCCGAAUAGGGCGAACCAAGGAUUCUUUUCGAAUACAUUUCCCGAGUCACCUAUAAUCAGGCCUCCGGCUUCCCGUCGAGCAGUGUCGGCCGGAUUUGCGGAAACCAGGACACCAAUUGAACAGUCGCCCACGCCUAUUCAAGGCGCAUGGGAUCGUAGUAUACCCCUCCCUCCACCUCCACCGGGACCGCCGCCUAGCAGUUCAAGAUCCCAGAGCCUAGGACCUCGCGGCUUCGAGCCUUCGUCGAGUCGAGUUGAACCACCGGGGCCGUCCGCACCUCCCACUCGUAGACCAGGCCAGAGCGUUCUCACCCCGAUUCCCCCAACUCCAAUAGGAUGGCAAGAGGAACAAUCUCGAAAUCGAUCAAAAUCACCAGCCGCACGUGGGUUGUCUAUUGAUACCAGUCCACAGGUAAUACUCUCGCGGACACGGCCUCCGCAAGUCCAGGAAGUCGAGGAUACUUCGGUGUCGUCAGGUCCUACCGCAUCGACAUCACACUCCAAUGGCACGCUGUACCGGAUCCCAGGUAAGCGGGAGUCCAGCACCCGUGGCAUUCGCGAGCGUCGGAGUGAAAGCCGUGCCGCCCGUGAGCGCGUCGAGCCCAGCAAUAAUCCCUGGGCACAGGAUAUGGAGGCCGCCUCAGCGAAACCCGCGGAUCUGGUUAUAGGAACUCCUGAUGGCUCUCUGCAUCGUCGUGGCGCUGUCACCAAAGGCACUCCGCGCAGUGGCGGUUUCCGAUCUCCCAGAAGCUCCCAGCUGAUGGAAGAUGCCACAUCGGCUCAUUCGACACCGCGAAUGAUUGAUUCCUCGAGGAGAUUGCCAUCCGGCGCUUCCGCACCAACCCCUCCUUUCUCGCCAGGUACGGAUACUUUCUAUAACAGUCAAUUCCGAAAGGCUCCAGCUUCCUUGCCUACGAAAGCCCUUCCUACUCCUCCUCUACGCUAUUACGGCGACGACCAUGGUGCGGACCUGACUAUUGACUCAGCAACUGCAAAUCGAGCGAUAUCUCAGACGUCUCAACUCUCGGAUGCGAGACCGGAAGAGUCCUCUGCAAGCACGCCAAGGCCAGCACAUCCCGAUAGUUUCGCUCAAGCAUCGAUCGAACGUCAUCGCCAGUUCAUCGAGAAAGAACUUGCUGCUCAAUCAGAUGCUGAGAAACUCGAGCUUUUCGCACAGUUCAUUGUCGCCGAGUCCAGGCUUCGGCGCGACAGGUAUUCGCAGGCCUUCGACGCCAUGGCGGGCGAUAUCCUCGACUUGACCAGAGACCUGUGGCGGUCAUACGGAAAUACGGGACGGAGGUCCACAACUCCUGCUGGCCAAAGUGCAUCUGUGCCCAGCGGUCGAAGAUCUCAGGCAUCUACUGUGGGAGAGUCGCCAGAUGCCCGCUUCUCACACUCGGUUCCAACCACUGCCGCUAGUCCCGCGUCGUCUGUAGCUAACUUUACUCCUUAUACUGAACCAGCUUCGCCCGCUAGCGCAUCCAGCCAAAGAGGACGCGACCAACCAUGGAACAACAACUUCCAGCCUUGUCUGUCGCCCAUCCCUAGCAUGGCCAUGAGCACCGUUCCAGACGAGGAAGACUCGCGAGGCCGUUCUGCAAGCCGGUGGUGGGAAGCUAGCAACGAUGGUGCAUCUUCGGGCAUUGGCGGUAGAAGACUAGAAAGAAGCAAGAGAGAGUCAAAGUACAUGGGCUUGGUCAAGGAGGCACGAGAGUCUCUUCAGUGGGCCGAGGACACUCAGGCAUCACCUGCAUACCGCACAGGAGCCAGGGACGCACACACAUACGGACCCAACGAGUAUCCACCGGAGAAGGUUGGGCUGCAUGAAGGGGCACAAUCGUCAUCUACUCAAUCCCAAGGCUACUAUCAUAGUCCUGCACCCACGACGCCGGAUCCACACAAACUAGACGUUUCGAGGUUGGUGACGCUUCCGCCCCCGUAUCCGCGACAUCAUCCAGCGGUCAAUAACAGUCAUCCUGACCUUGCUUCCAUUCGAAAUCACCUGCGAAGUCUAUCAGACCUCGAGGAGGUGAAGACUACGAAAGAGCGAUUCAAAGCCAAGAUACAAACGCGCAAGGAGCGGGAAUCUGCGGCUCUGGCAGAUCGAAAAGCACAACUCCGGUAUAACAUCCAAGAAAACGUGCAGAAUGGCGUGAUGACGUUUGCGGAGGCGGCACAGGCCGAAGCCGAAUUCCAAGCCCGCGAAGACAAGACAGCUCAGGAUGCGGUUCAGAACAUCUUCGACACCUUCCAGACCGAGGUAGCGAACCCUCUUCAUGCACUAUUCUGCGAGCGUAUCACCAAAGUGUCGGCAUCCAUUGAGCAUCUGAAAGGGAAACUGUCGAGCGAUGCACAAGAGAUCAAUCCGAACCAGACGCAGGAAGAAGGCGAUGAACAACCAGAACUGCUCGAGAUGCUGACGUUGCUAAAAUGGCUUUUUGAAUGCCGCGAACAGCUCCACAAGGAGAUGUUCGAGCUCGAAGACGAGCGCAACGAUCUCUACAAGGACAUCAUCGUGCUCCCCUAUGUGCAGAGCAAAAACGACCAAAAGGUGAAAGAAGCAACCGAGUUCUUCUCCCGCGAUGCGCAGGACAGGAAAGUCGUGUUCGAGAAGGAGAUACUCAGAAGAUAUGAGGAUUUCCUCAACGUCAUCGAAGCGAAUGUCACAAGAGGGGUGGAAGCGCAGUUAUCCGCGUUCUGGGACAUCGCGCCUGGGCUGCUGGACAUCGUGCAGCAGGUGCCCCGGCGAUUGGAAGGGUUCGAUAUCGUGAUCCCACCGCAAGAGUACGAAGAAACGCCUGCCUAUCACGAGUUCCCGCUGCAGUAUCUGUAUACGCUGCUCGCGCAUGCCGGGCGCUCGGCGUAUCAAUUCAUUGAGUCGCAGACGAAUCUGCUAUGUCUGCUGCAUGAGGUCAAGACGGGAGUUAUGACGGCGAGUUCGAGGUUACUGGAGACGCAGCGGGCGAUCGAGGGGGAGGAUCGUGAGAGCGUGGACCGGGAGACGAGAGCUAUUAGGGAGGAUGAGGAGAGGAGGUUGACGGAGGAUUUGAAGGAUAAGGUUGGCUUGGUCGAGAGUCAGUGGGAUGAGGCGCUGGGGAAGGGGCUCGAGGAUUGCAAGGCUAGGGUUGAAGCGUUUUUGUUGCAGCAGGGAGGGUGGGACGAUGGACUGCAGGAGUGA